AUGCUAAAACGUCAUGAUGGCAAAGAGAGUGAUGGCAAAAUGAGUUUUCAUGGUUUGAAUGGUUUGCAUGCUUCUACUUUUCCAGUUUAUUCUGCCUUCAAAUCUAACAUGUCUGGUAAAACAAAAGGCAUUAAUGUUAUUAUUGAUUCUAAGGUUAAGAAAGAAGUUGAAGGUAACCGGGCUAAAUUAAGUUCAAUUACCGAUACGGUCUUAACAUGUGGUCGUUUGGGCUUAGCCUUUAGAGGUCAUCGUGAUGAUGGGCACUAUCAUCCUGAAACUGGUAAUUUUUCUGUAGGUGGUGUUGGGAAUUUUGUUGAACUUCUUAAUUUUAGAGUGCGUGCUGGGGACAAGGUGUUAGAGAACCAUCUGAAUUCAUGUGGUAGGAAUCAGACGUACAUUUCUAAAACUUCCCAGAACAAGCUUAUUAAAUGCUGUGGUGAAGAAAUAACAGAUAAAAUCAUUUCUGACUUAAAAGCAAGCAGGUUCUACUCUGUAAUUGCUGAUGAGGCUCGAGACAUCUCAAAUACUGAACAGAUGUCUCUUGUUUUAUGCUUUAUCGACCAAAAUAUGGAUAUUAGGGAGGAGUUUGUUGUAUUUCUUCCUUGUAAAUGGGGCUUAAAAGGUGAGCAGCUUGCUAAGGUUGUUCUUGAUGCUUUAGGCAACCUUGGUCUUUCUAUUGCUGAUUGUAGAGGACAGGGAUAUGAUGGGGCAGGUGCUGUUGCUGGUCAUAUUAAUGGGAUGGCUGCUCAUUUGCGUCGUUUGAAUGAUAAGGCUCUUUUUACCCAUUGCUACAGCCACAGAUUAAAUUUAGCGAUUUGUGAGUCUAUUAAUAUAAUGGAUGUAAAAUCGAUGCUCAAUAGAGUUAAAAAAAGUUUCUGA